AAAAACUCACAAGCAGCAUACACACUUAGACCCUUUUUAAUUACUUCAUUCUUUCUCUCUCCCUCUCUCUCUCUCUUCCACUUCACAGUCCAGAGUUCGCAAUUUCAUCUCAAUUUCGAAAGGCCAGAGUCAUCAGCCAUGGCUUCGACCUUACCCACGAACAAAUUCCGAGUCUUUAUCAUUCUAAUGUGUUUUUUGGUUCAUUCUCAUUCUAACUCCAUUCAAGACUUGCUCAGGAGCCGAGGACUGCCGGGUGGGCUUUUUCCCAAGAAUGUGAAUUCAUAUGAUCUCGACGCAGAUGGUCUUCUCCAGGUAUACUUUGAGCAGCCGUGUAUGGCCAAGUUUGAGACGAGGGUUCUAUUCGACACAGUUGUUCGGGCUAAUCUAAGCUAUGGAGGUUUGACUGGAGUCCAAGGAUUGUCACAAGAAGAACUAUUUUUGUGGUUUUCAGUCAAGGAUAUCAUAGUUUAUGAUCCAUCAUCUGGGUUAAUUCUAUUUGAUAUUGGCGUUGCUCAUAAGCAAUUCUCUCUAUCCCUAUUUGAAGACCCUCCUGUUUGCCAUCCAGAGGGAUUUCUGAUGGAGGAGAAUCCAAAUGAGGAAUUGAGGCUUCAAGCUCAGAGAUGAAAAGAAAGAACCAUACACAAACCCCCCAUUUCUUCUUCUUCUUUUUUUUUCCCGACUAACAACUUGUCUGGUUCUUCUUAGCUCUUCUUCUGUUUUUUUUCUUGUUUGCUUCUUCUUACCCUUUUGUUGUUUGAAGAGAAUCAAUCUCUAAAAAGCUAUGAGAGAUUAUUAUUUGUUAUAUAUCU